CGCAGCCCAGCGCGCUCUACGACGUGUAACAAGUCUCGGCUUCUCAGCCCCAUCCCCGUCGUCCUCGAAGACAUGGCUCUUAGAAGAGCGCGCGGAGCAUCCAUGCCAACAGUGUCCAUCGCACCAAGGACCCAAGGCUGUGGUACGCUGGCGCACUCCCCCCGUGAUGAAACGUGUAUAUUACAAUUGGGCUGAGAUGGUUUCAUAAGCGCACGCUCUUGCUCGUUCCCUCCCCCUCUCCUGACUGUGCUAAUGGCGAGCAAUGCGACUGUACCGACAAAUUUGGCUCCCGUUGCAGGGCCUCUCCUCUUGGGUAGUCUGUUCAACUGGGGACUGUACGGCGUAUUGACUGUGCAGGUUUUCCUCUACCACUUGGCGUUUCCUGACGACAGAUGGACUGCCAAGAGUCUCGUCUAUGGCAUAUUUCUCCUUGACAGCGCGCAGACGUUCAUCGUCACAAGCGACGCGUUCGACACGUACGCGCGGCAUUACGGCGAUAGCGCUCAGCUCUUGCAGCAGCAUAACGAAUGGCUCGCAGUGCCAGUAUUCAGCAGCAUCGUUAGUUGUACUGUGCAGAUGUACUACGCGUAUCGGAUAGGGUUCUUGUCAAAGUCGAGGCUGUUGAUGGCGGGAAUAAGCCUACUGGCAAUCUUGCAAGGCGCCGCCGGUAUUGCGACCGGAGUGCAAUCGGCCAUCAUCAGUAGCUUUGAGGAGCUGGAAGCAAGGGCACACUCCGUGACCAUCCUGUGGCUAGUAGGCAGCGCGGUCUGUGACGUCGUCAUCGCAGCGACCAUGGCAUACCUCCUCCUGCGCGCCAACACCAAGUCCUCCGAGACGCGCGCGAUGAUCACGCGGCUCGUACAGAUCAUCAUCGAGACCGGCACGCUCACCGCGUUCGCGGCCGUGCUCGUGCUCGUGCUCUACGUCGCGCUUCCCAACCGCGCGUACUACACCGCCGUCGGCGCCGUGCUCGGCAAGCUCUACUCGAACGCACUCCUCGUGCUCUUCAACAGCCGCAUGCGCGUCAGCGGAUCCCGCGCCCCGCCGUCGACGCACACGCGCGGCCCAUCCGACGACGCCACUCGUGUGCACCGUCCCGCCGCGCGACUUGGCGCGAAGGCCCUCGUGAGCUUCGGCCGCAGCACGCCAGAGGCCACCUCUCCCGACCUUGGCGGCGUGCACGUUGAGGAGCAGGUGUGGGUGCACACAGAUGACAUUGAGAUGAAGAAUCCGAUCUCCGCGCAUGUUGACUUUGGGGGGAAGAAGCAUGCUGGACUUGCCGAGUCUCCAUAAAUUAUUUUGCCUGUGUAUCACUAUUCUUGCUGUCC